AAGCUGGACCGCGCACACACUGUCAAAGACGGCUGUCGUGCUCUGGAAUCAGUUGAAAAUAAUUUCCUGAUCCAGACCGUGAGAGAAUCUCUGUGCGUUCUGUGAUAGAGAAACGUCCUGUUGUCUUGUCCAAGGUGCUGCACCUCAACUGUUACAAAUCCAUUCCAUCGGUCGGUUCGUCCUUCGAGUGCAGGAUAUCUUUUAGGAACAUCCUUCAUACAGUGAUAAAGUGUUAAGUAAAGGUUAAUAAGUGCGAAAAUGGAUAGUUUUCUGGGCAGCUCUGACAGUGGUGUUCCAAAGGAUUUGGGCAAAACGCCAAAGGAACAAUUCGGUGACCUCAUAACGGACCACUCCCGUUUUCCAAGUGGUGAAGAAAAAUCAGACAUUUCGCAAAAAUUUCCACCUGAGGUAGAUUUGCUAGGUGAUUCUUUUACGAUGCCCUCUACCCAUACUGCGCCGGACAAUAAAGUACCAGAGAAAGAAAAAGAAAACUUUGAUGAUUUCUUUAUGGGGGUAGAAGAAAAGAUCAAUGCUGAACCUGCAGCAUCUUCGAUAAAUAAUCUGAUUGAUGUUGGCGAACCAAAUAUGUUCGAACCAAAGAAGAAAAUUAACAACGAACCAGAAAAGUCUCUGUUUACCGAUUCCGCUCCUUUCGGUUCUGGUCCAGAUGAGUUAGUGCAAGUGAAAGACGAAAUUGAAAGUGACUACAUGAACCCGUAUGCUGACAUUCGCCAACCUCCAGUACAAAGUCAGAAAGCAGAUGAGCCAUCAGCUGCUUCGUCAGCCUCCACCAAAGAUGAUUUAUUCGACGACUUUGUUAGCCACAGCAAGAACGACCAAUUCGAUGAACCUUUGUUCGCUGAUUCAUCGUCAUCAGCUGCGGCCUCGUCUAUCCCCCCUCCAGUUGUCACUCCAGCUCCUCCCGUCGUUAUUCCAGCUCCUGUCCCAAUAAUAUCUGAACCGGUGGAAGAACCAAAAACGAAGGCCCCGGUUGAACCUCCACAGGAAAAACCGAAAGCACCGCCGAUAGUACCAUCUUCGUCUGGUGCGUCUGCUUCCAACGAUCAGUGCAUUCAAGCGGAGAAAAUAUUCAAACAAUUCGGUUUGGAUGCUUGGUUCAAGCCGGAAAAACUACACCCAGUCGUGGAAUCCUUGAUCUAUUGGCGCGAUGUGAAGAAAUCGGGCAUCGUUUUCGGUGCCGGACUCACCAUCCUGAUUGCCAUGUCGCUGUUCUCGUUGAUCAGCGUCUUUUCCUAUGUAUCCCUGUUGGCCCUGUUCGGUACCGUCUCAUUCCGGAUCUACAAAAAUGUGCUGCAGGCAGUGCAAAAGACCUCCGAAGGACAUCCAUUCAAAGAAUACCUUGACACUGACUUAACCCUGUCCCAAGAGAAAGUACAGCAGCUGAGCACAGUGGCCGUGGCGCAUGUUAAUGCUCUGCUAACGGAACUUCGCCGUUUGUUCCUGGUGGAAGACUUGGUUGAUUCCAUCAAAUUCGGCGUUGUCCUGUACUGUCUAACCUACGUUGGUGCCAUUUUCAACGGAAUGACGUGCGUCAUCAUCGCAUUUGUCGCACUGUUCACCUUGCCAAAGGUCUAUGAGAACAACAAGCAGUCUAUUGAUGCUUACUUGGAACUGGUCAGAAGCAAAAUCCUGGAAGUUUCCGAAAAGAUCAAGGCUGCCGUACCUAUCGGAAAGAAGGCCGAAACCGAAAAGGAUAAAUAAGAAGCAGUAGUUUAUAUUUGUAAAAGAACCAUUUUUAUUUUCUCUUUUAUUUAUUAACUAUUACCAGCAAUGCAAAAAAUGAAAUUUAAACUUAACGAAAAAUCGAAUAUUUUAUUCCUACGCAAAUUUCUUGUUUAAAGUAUAUUCGUUUUAAUGCCAAGUACUACUGAUAUGAACCAUGAACCAUAAUUACUGAACGAUUUAAAUUUAAGUAGAAAUCACCAACUUUGCGAUAAAAAAUGAUAAACAAAUAAAUAUUUAAGAUUAUCUUUCCGUUGCCUUUAUUUUAUCCUCGUGAUUAAUCAAUGGAUCAAAACAAAAACUCACAAACAUAGACAAAAAUAUGCGUAGUAGUAAUAGCUGUAAUAAUCCAAACAAAGCUCUUCAAAUAGAAAAUCGAAAACAAAGCUGAGAUUGACACUCAAUAAACAAGUUUCAAAUAAUUAAUCUUUCGAGGUAUCAUUUUGUCUGAAAAAGCAAACAGUAAAAUAGUUCACUUGUCCACAUCACUCUCACCCACACGGUCAUCAGGCAUUAUUCACUCAUCAAUCGAAGUCAACACCACAAACUCGGUUUAAAUGUUCAUUAAAGUAUUACCAAAAAAAUAUAUGGAGCAAAAACAUAAAAAAAAUGCAAAAUCGAGAUUGAUUUUUUGAAAAUCUCGGAACCAUCGUUAAAACUUAGGUUGAGAUCCCGCCUCCAUGUUAUGCGAUUAGUUUUUUUCUUUUGUGGGGUUGUGAUCAUUGUUUCGUGCGUGUGUUGAUUUGUUUUCCUGCAACGGAUCAAGUUAAGCCCAAACGGAAGAGAAAUUUAUAUAGUCCCGCAGUUAUCGCACUAUAGUUUGGUUGAACCUAUUCGAAUUCGAUUGAUUUAUCCGACAGAUUCACAACAUUUAAUCGAAGCUGUGAAAUUUUACGUGCACGAAACCCAAUUCGCUUAAAUCUGUGUAAAAUUAUUCAUAUUUGUAAUUGUAAUUCGUAUAAGAGUAAGAGCUUGUUUGAAGUGAAGCGAAGCAAAGCAAAAUACCUAAAAAAUGCAAGAAUACACGCGGCGUCGAAUCUCUAAGCUAAUUCUGUUGAAACAAAGCAAGUUUUGUGCAUUAUUUAAGCAAAAUAUAAGAUGCGAGAAAUAAAUAUUGAAUCUUUUUUCGUUGCCCGUUAUCGUAGGAGUUUGUUUUAGCCUAAAUGACAAGAAAUCAUUUUUCGAUUCACCUUUUUCUAGAAGAAGUAAAUUGAAGAAGCAACAAACCGUAGCGUGUAUAUGGGAUGAACUUCAAAUCCAGCACAUUAACGAAGAAAAGGAAAAAGCUUAAAGAAAACUUUAUUACUGUAAUUCAUUAUUGAAGUACGAUACUAAGAUGAAGAGAACAAAUAUAUGAGAAAAUUGUCAUCAAUGAACAAGGAUCAAAUAAUAAAAACGUGAGAUGACAGAACAUAA